AUGUCCAUUGUUAUCGUUGGUGCAGGAGUCGCUGGCCUUACCUGCGCAUAUCAGCUUGCUAGAAAUAAUUAUAAUGACAUCACUAUCAUAGCGAAGGACUUCCCUUCGACAGGUCUACUCAAGCCAGAAUAUACAUCUUCGAAAAGUGGUGCUCAUUUUAGACCAUUUCCUUCAAAGACUAUUGAGGAAUUUAGGGACAGUCAAUUAACCCGUUCCACGUACCGGUUUUUCAAAAGACUUGCUGUGGAACACCCGGAAAGCUCUGUGAAGUGGGUUCAAGGUACUGAUUACUUGGAAUAUUCUGAUCCUUUGUACACGGCUAUUGGAAAGGGAUACGCAGAUGGAAUUGAUGAGUUUCGAGUUUUAAAGAGAAGCGAGUUGCCGGAAAAUGUCGUAUUUGGUGCUACUUAUAAGACGUGGUGUAUUAAUGCUCCAGUUUACUUAGACUUUUUAGAGAACCAACUUAGAAUGAAGUAUGGUCUCAAAUUGAUCCAAGAGGAGGUGAAAUCUUUGAAGCAGGUUUCUCUCAAAUAUCCUGGUUCAUUAAUAAUUAACUGUACUGGUAUGGGACUACAAUGGGAUGGAACCUGGGACCCUAAAUGCUAUGCUAUUAGAGGCCAGACAUUACUUGUGAGACCACCACUUGACUCGAAGUACAACAAUUGUACCAAAACUUAUCAGAUGGCCAAUGGGGAGUGGUCUUUUGUCAUUCCACGUCCUUUGGAUGGAGGUAUUAUUGUUGGUGGAACUAAAGUUAACUACGAUACAGACUCCUCACCCAGUAUCAUCGAGACAGAGCAUUUGAUUAGAAAUGCCCGCCAAAGAUUUCCAGAUUUACUCAUUGACGGUAAAAACUUUGAUAUCCGUAGAAUCAAUGUUGGCUUCAGACCGGCCAGGAAAGGAGGUGUCAGAAUAGGAAGUGAAAACGUAGCUGGUACUAGAAUUAUUGACUGCUAUGGAUUUGCCGGCUCUGGAAUGGAGAUGUCCUGGGGAGCAGGUGAAAAGGUCGUCGAUCUGGUCAAGGGCAGGGAAUCUAGGCUAUAA